AUGAAGUUUGGUUAUCUUUUUCAACACGCUCCUGCAUGGCUCUUCCGGUCCAAGAAGGUUACGGGCGGUGCCAACUUACGUUUGUUUACCCUGAUACUGGCUACAGUAUUCACUGUCUGUCUGUACGUGCUCUGUUUGCCCCUGGUAGGGGUCAAAAUGUGGCCCGAUGAUGACCAUCGACUGUUGGAGACACAGUUCAAUCAAACAUUUCGUAAAAUGCAGGGCUUUGCUCCAGUACCGUGUGAUCCGAGGGCCAAAGUGUCGGAAAUACUGAGAAUGCGACCAAUCAAGUUCUUACCCAACUUCAAAAACCCAUGCUGGUGGGAGCCAUUGAACACUUCGACUUCAAUCCACGAUAUUUACGCCAACAAUGGUUUUCUCAAGUAUUCCUACUCCUACGGAAAAGCCUUUCGUAAAUUAACUCAUAAAUUUCGGGCCAGAAAUUCCAGCAAACCAUAUCGCCUCAGAUGUCUACCGUAUUUUUUCUUGGCUGGUCAACCAAAGUGUGGUAGCACUGACUUCUACAACAAGAUUGUUAGCCACCCGGAUGUUGUCAGCCCGCCAAUCAAAGAGUCGCAUUGGUGGGGCAAGAACAGAUACGGAGAUGCCAGCGUGUCCACCUUGUGGUCAAACGACGACUGGUGGAAGAAUCCCGAGAACUGCGGUCUUUUAGAACCAAAAUUCACCAACGCUGACCACGUCCAUUUGGUUCUACCCCAAGCGAGAAUUAUUGUGAUACUUCGUAAUCCCACCGACAGACUAUACUCAGAUUUCCUUUACUUCACACAUUCCCUGAAGUCUCAAGAGGACUUCCACAAUGAGGCGACUGCGGCUGUAGACUCCCUCAAUGAUUGUAUUCACAAAAUAGGAAUACGUGCUUGUGUAUAUAAUGCAUCUAUAGCCAUCAAGUCUAGGGUAAGACUUCGCCUCGGCCUGUAUCAGGUCUAUUUACAAGACUGGCUGGCCUUGUUUCCCAGGGAUCAGGUCCUUGUGGUGCGACUGGAAGACUAUUCAGCGGAACCAUUGGCGGUUAUACAGAAGGCUCACACAUUUUUGCAACUCA